CACUCGCCAUUUUACGUGAAAGUUCGACCACUGGACAUACCAACUUCGCCUUUCUUCCCGAAUAUCUUUGAUAUAACUGAAAAAUAACACAAUGGCCGAUGAUAUGCCUCCAGCUUACACACCAUUCUUCGGUGUUAUGGGUGCAACUUCCGCUAUAGUCUUCAGUUCACUUGGUGCAGCAUAUGGAACAGCUAAAUCAGGGACUGGCAUCGCAGCCAUGUCCGUCAUGCGACCAGAGCUUAUCAUGAAGUCCAUUAUCCCCGUAGUUAUGGCUGGUAUCAUUGCUAUUUAUGGUCUCGUCGUAGCUGCUUUAAUAGCCAAUGGAAUUAAGCCAGAAAAUUACACACUUUUCACGAGUUUUGUUCACCUCGGAGCUGGACUUAGUGUAGGAUUGAGCGGUUUAGCAGCUGGUUUCGCAAUCGGAAUAGUGGGUGACGCAGGAGUACGAGGUACCGCCCAGCAGCCGAGGCUAUUCGUGGGCAUGAUCUUGAUCCUUAUCUUCGCUGAAGUCCUGGGUCUUUACGGAUUGAUUGUGGCUCUGAUUCUCUCAACGAAGUCUGGAUAGACAUUGGACUCACUCUAGCCAAAUAUAAUAAAUAAAAAAUAAAAAUUUGACUGGCAUGGCCAUGUUGUUGUGGAUGUGAUGUACAGGACUGGACAGUAUGGGUUCAUUAUGAGGUGGUCAUUUGAGUGUGGUCGUGGUGUGGCGUCUGAUUUGAGCCAAUGAAAACAACGUGUAUAGUGUCCCAUUUUUGCCGAUGUAUUAUGAUUAAUUAUGUAUGAUGUGACCUCAUGGUUAUAAGUUAAAUGUCCAUGUCAUGGGAUAGCUAAGACAGUGUGAUUAUUGAACUAACUUUGGCUGAGGUCACACUACAUAAUACAUUUGGGUCCAGAGUACAGGGCCUUGCCUUAUGAAAGGUAUGAUAUUGACAAAGAUUGUGUAAUUUUAACUUAAAUUUAAAUAGCAACACCUUGCAAACAUCAGACAUGUUGUGGAGUUCUUGUUCUACUAAAAAAUGAAUAAAAUUUCUAGCUAGAAUGGAAUUAGAAUACCUCAUAUCCGAUGUACACCUGAUUUCAUAAAGACGGCAGCUUGAGUUCAACUGUUUGAUAACAUGUAUGGGGUGGCUCAAGUGCCAUCAUGAUCUGGAUAAUCAUGUGACUGAUAUAAAAUAUAAGAUGAUAGCUAUGAUAUAAAUUCACUCGUUCAUUAUAUUGUAUUGAUAGAAGUCGUAUUCCCUACUGUACAUGUCAUUAGAACAAUGGGUGUUUGUCACCAAUCUUUAGCAUUGCAGAUUAUUUCCGUGUCUGUCCAUACAUUGCAUUCCCAGCUGGUCCACAUGGUAGAAUAAUGAUCAUUGUGUACUUGAACGUUGAUUGUCUGCUUGUACUGUAAACUGGCACAUACACACAUGGAUGGUCACAGUCCAUGUUCCUCAUGUGUACAACAGGACAUGUAAUAUGUCUUUGAACUGUGGACCGAACAUGCUUAGAUGUAUAAAGUGAUGCUGGUAACAUGCUAUGAAAUGAAAUCCCCACCAAAAUUUCACCUUUUUAUGUCGCUCAGGGUAUUUUUGCUGAAAAUUUCUUGCAAUAUUUGCCGUUCUUAUUCAGAUUCUAGUCAUGUUUUGAAAUUCAGCUCAAAAACAAUAUUGUGAUAUUAUCACGAAGUAAUCAGCAGUGCAAGUAUGUACAGAGACAAGAAUUAGGGUCCUGGAAUGAUAUCAGAAUCGGCCAAUCUGAAGUAAGCCUUUGUGAAUCGGUGUUGGCCACCAUUGUGCUCAAGUGACCAUCUCAAUUAUUACUUCAGUUCCAUGACCUAUUGGAGUUCAGAAUUUAUGAUGUGACAACCUUUCAGGACUAUCGUACAAAUUUCUUGUUAGGACUGAAUGGAAUUUUCCAUUUUUGUCCGACUUGUAAAUAGUAUAACUUUGUCACAGAGCCAUGAAACCUAUCAUCAUCCCACCCGCUGUCGGUGAAACAAGCCUAGGUUUCUAUUAUUCUUAAAUUAUUCUUCUGUUGUGUCCUGCAUUGCCUGUUAAACUUUGACAGAAGCGUUCAAAUGAUUCUGUCGUUAGAAAUUAUGCAGUAACAGUGUACUAUUCUACUUGAAUUUUGAGCGACUUUACAAUGCUUCUCUUCGAUUUGUUCAAAGAUUUUUGAUGAAGUAUUUAAUAUGCAUAAUUCUAGUUGACCAGAAGUUAUAGUGAAAAUUGUCUAACUUAAUGCAUUGUGCUAGUUGUUGUUAUGCUAAAUCUAUUGUACAUGUAUGUUAUGCUACAAUACGUGAGCUUGAUUUAUGAGAAAUUGACCUUCGUUUAGGAAUAUCAAGUGCAUGUCGUGGUAAGUUUGCCUAGCCACAAGUUCUCAGCUGUUCAUCCACGUUGGCUAAUGCACAAGUGGCUGUGGCUUUCUUGAAAUUCUUCCCAAUACAUUUUAAAAAGUAAAAUAAAUCUAGAUUUGGGUUGGUUAAGGAAUGUUUCUUGCACAAGCAAUUGUAACUCUUGAAAUCAUGUCCAUAGCGAUUCACUAGGACAGUGUUAUUGUAACAACUUGUCAUAUCAUUAGACUUAGAACUCUAAUACGGUCCAUCUCGCAUGUGCAUUUUGUUGAUUCGAAUGAUGAGCUGUUUACAACUAGUUGGUAACAGCUUGGCCUUGAGGUAUUUCGAACCAAUGGGUGAUAUGUAUAAAGACGAGCAAAUGCUUUUUUCUAAAACUCCACGUACAUUUACACUAGGCCUUUCUGUACAAAAUUGAAGUAAAAGCAUUCGCUAGUCUUUAUUCAUAUCACCCAUUGAACGUGUUGGGUUCAGAUGAUAUCUACAUCUAUCUAUUGCUUCGAGGGUUAACAUUUCUGUAUGUUUACGUUAACCAAACUCCUGUCUUCAUUUCGUUUGUCAUGGAACUGGUGUAAAACUACAAAGACAUUUCAUAUUUUUAAAUCCAUUUAGAGUUUAUAGUUCAGUUGGCCCAAGUUGUUGAAUUUCCAAUGCAUUUGUCAAACAAAGUACUGAUGAGGCACUGGAGAUCCCAUCAACUUGGGUUGAAAAUAGAAUAUAUCCAUGUACAUGUAGAUACGUGAUGUUCUGAAUGGGAACUUUAUUUCUGUGGAUUGAUAAAGAACAAAUGUUUAAUAGAUAUAACUUCACAUUGUGAUUACCCUGUGUUAGGUCAAACUAAAUGUUAUGGUAGACGGUCAGUCAUGUGACUUAUAAUUCUCGUGGGUUAACUCUUUCUGGGGCGACAAUUAUUUUGAAAUUAAAAUUGCUAGGAAUCAUGGUGGGGUGCCUGGACCAUAAAAAACCCAAACGUGGUGAAGGUCUUGGCCAUCGCUGAACUUCAAACAAGCUUAUCCAUCUAAUCAACCCACUUUUAUCAUUUCAUAAAUCUGCCUUGGUCCGGAAAGAGUUAAGGGGAGAGCCUUUUACCCAUGUACAGUAACUAUGGUUCAUUGUGUAUACGUGUGUAUAAAGCCUGUCAUUUAGUAAAGAAAUGAUUAGAGUCGUAGUCUAGAAUAUUUAAGAAAAAGUCUACAAGGCUUUUCAAUUGAUGAAUGUGGUACGAUGUUGAAUUCACUGUAAAAUAUAAAGGCAUUCCAUGUGAUGUUAAAACGUAUCUUAUCAUGGCUGAAACAGUUCUCCCGAGCGUCUAGGUGGCGCUGUGGUCAUUCCAAUGUCAAGUAUGUUGAGCCAAGUGUCAUGUCAUGAUGUAGAUGUUGAUGUGUAAUUAAAGCUAUAUAGGAAAGUUUCAGCUUUUUCUUGGUGUGUAUACAAUGGUUGGAGUUCAUCAUUUUUCCGUUUGUUUUCUCGACUUUUUUGCAUGAAGGUGGCAGCUCUGUUGUUACUUGGUGUACGGAGCAGAAAGUGACUUGGGUGUAUUCUACUUGCCACAUACAAGGGACCCACAUACAAGGGACCCACAUACAAGGGACCACACUAUCUUGUAUACAGGCCGAACAAUGACCUCAUUUCAGCAUUCAUUUUGGAUGUCAAGGAUGUGGACAUUAACUUCUCAAAGAGCCCACAAAGACACUAACAAUCCAUUCUCACCAAUAGAAUGUGCUGUACAUACUAUGCUUACAUCGUGCCAAACAGGCAAAAUGCAAAAUACAGUUGUAAAUAUUUCGGACAUUCUGUAAAGACUUUGUCAGUUCACGUAGAUUGUAAUUAGGAAAUUGGGUUUGGUUGAAGAUCCUGCAUGUACAUGUAUUUUGCUUUUAAAAUUAGUUGGUGAUGGGUUUCAACCCUUUUACUCUUGGAACUGUGAUCUUAAAAAUUGCUCCAUUGAAAAUGGACAGUUGACAAUCAAAUUGGGUUUGUCUGAAAGUUCAUCAGUUAAAGGGUUGCCUUAAUUCUUUACUAUCAACUCUACACAUCGCUGGUCAGAGUGGGAUGGAUAAUUCAUCUGAGGAACUGGACUCGUUGGUUAUUUGAAGUCAAAUGCAUUGUUCAAAAUGAAACGACCGGUUGGUUUGCUGAGGACCAGACAUGCAGUGACACAUGUGGUUCUCCUCACCAUUAUCAGUCGUGAGUCAGAUUCCAGACGAGAUCACAUGAUCACUUUAUAAGGAUCUCCAGGGCUGCCAUCUGUGGUAACAUGGUGCAACUCUCGCUUUAGACAGCCUUACCAGUGCAAUGCAUUUUAUGAGCAAAUAUCAACCAAAGUGUCCAAGUAGGCUGAUCAUCACCUGCUGUUCCCACUACAGUAGAGCUGAUCUGUUGAUAGUGAUUGUUUCAGUUGCCUGUGUUCAGAUUCGACGCCCGGUAAUCUUUGGUAGCCAGCGGUAAUAUACUUGUUUGAUUUGUUGAUGUUUGGUUGUUGUAGUCCGUCAAUAAACAUAUGGAAGUGAACAGUG